AAGAGCACAGGCGUGUGUUGCAACAUUGAUCAGUCUAACAAGAAUCAAGUUACGAAAACAGUGAACAGUAACAAUAAUCACAGUGACGAUUCUCGCUGGUUGCACUUCAUUGACCAUGUUAAUAUGACAUUAUGGUUCAAGCUCAUCCUACUCCAAUUAAUGUGAAAGGCUGCCUUGGAGGCACAGAGGUUGGUGCAGCAUCUGACAUGGGAAUUUCAGGAUUUGCACAAGAUGUCAGCGAUAGUAGCAUGGAAAACGUAUUGACCGUCGGGAUGGUCGACCAGGUACCUGUGCGAACGUCAGUACAAGUAGACCCCAAGCACACCUCACUCACCGAAGACAAGUCUAAUAAUGGGAGAAGUUUGGAUAUAUGCGCACAAAAGUUAGCCUCAUCCGAGCCGGGGAAUUCAUUAACACCUAGAUAUCGUAAAGCACCAGCUGUAAACACUGCUUGCGACAGUAUUGACGAGCUCGAGAAACAUUCACGAACAUUUACACCAGCACAAUAUUUCCGACUUACACAUGUGUUGUAUUAUUGUGCAUGGUUGCCACUAGUGCUACUCAUUAAUCUACCGCUAUUGGUGCUAGAAAUUGUAGCUUACGAACACGAGUGGCCCGAAAAGGAAAGAUUGACCCUGUUUUCAUCCCUGACUGCAAGUCUACUCACCGUUCUCAUAGUGUUGCCCAAUUUUGUGUUUGCGCUAAAGAACGCAAACAAGCCUAUAUUGAAAGCGCGGGGUAAAUACGUUGUAAUCCAUCUGGCGAUAGCUUGCCUCUUUGGCAUCGUGGUUCAAUUCGUAGAGCACAUGGUGGACAUGGAAAUCAUCUCAACUGGUGAUGCCGGGGGCGGGUUCGAGAUUGCGCAUAUACUGGGAUCAAUGACACUUGCUAACUUGUUCAUCGCUAUCACGGCCAGGCAACGUAUAAUAUAUCUAAUAUUCAGAAACGAUUGUCAAACACUAAAAGCAAAUGAGUACUUGAAGACAGCUUUGUUGAUGCAGAUUCCUUGGAUCAUCACCGCUACCAUAGCAACGGUCGCCUUCAUCGUCGUCAUGAGAAUUACGGCGACUGCCUACGUAUUGACAUCGCUAGCAUGUACCCUAGCUUUAUUGAUUUUUGAAACACUAUGUCUCGGGUAUUACACCUACUGCAGUAGAGCGGUCAGUUUGAAGUUCUCGGAUUGGCGACACAAUUUGCGGUUAUGCGCUAGUUCCAUUCUCCUGGUGCUCGUCGUGUGUAUAUUGGAUAUAGUCUACAGAGAUGAGAAAUGGGUCGAGGCCCUACCGCAGUACAUGUACAACAUCCUGGUGGGAUUGUACGUAAUGGAUGCUUUCACACUCACCAAUAUCAUCGUUGUAAAAGGUUGGAAUCUACAAUUCGACCCCAUUCACAAUGUACCAGACCAACUGGUGGCUGGGCCGCGCUCAAUACACAUGAACCUCAUCUCCGACAAGGGUGUGGAAUUAGUAGUCGCAUCAGUCACCGCACCAGUUAGCGUAUGAAAAAUCUAUAGAAUAUAUGAACAGGAGACGAAUCAAGCGGGAGUUUAAGAUGCGCUAAACGCAAAUCUAUACAACGCAGCCGGUCUGCAUCACCCAAAGCUUGACUGUUUCCUGGCAACAGUCAGCGUCGUAUCACAUAAGUGCACUCGGUUGAGCUCAUACUUAAUUCCAAGAAGGCUCCAAUCCGAAGAGACAUUCGCCUGGACACAGGACACGAUAUCAGGCAAAGUCGCACUUGUGAACAGUUAAGAUUUACUUCACUUUAUACGGACCCAGCAGGACGUGCUACACACAAUUCCGAGCAUCGGCACGAGCUAUAUUGAACGCGAGAGCGUGUCCGUUCUGCAGGCACGGAAUAAACCUGCGAUGGAUGUGCCGUGUUGAAAAUUCUACUACCUAGACUGGCCGUUGCGUAGUAGCACGCCUGCGAUUAGGGCACUCAGAAGCCCACACAGUCCGAAAACCCCUCCAGUGAGGUAUCAGCCAGCCCAGAAAUACCAGUAUUACGGUUUGAAUAUAUUAAAAACUUAGAUAAG